AUGCCGCUCUUUGGGAAAGUCAUUGUGAUCAAGCGGAACGGGGCUGACGGGAUCCACUUCCCGCUCACUGCGAGUUCCUGUUUAUUUGGAAGGAAAACAGAAUGUGACAUUCGCAUUCAGUUGCCCCAGGUCUCUAAAGAGCACUGCAAGAUUGAAGUCAACGAAAACAAGGAGGCAGUCCUGACCAACUUAAGUGCAGUAAAUCCCACGCAGCUGAACGGAGGUUGUUUCCAGCAGCCUGUACCUCUGAAGCACGGAGAUGUGCUGACUAUUAUCGAUCGUUCUUUCAGGUUUGAAUACCCACCCCAGUCAACUCCAAGAAAGAGGCGUUCCAGAUCUCCAAAAAAGGAAACAUUGCAGCAUCAAGAGGAAGAAGAUAAUACCAAGUGUGAAGAACAAAAUGCUCAUGAAAAUAAACAAAGUACGGAAGAAAAUACUCCCAAAACUUCAGCUGUCAAGCUAACAACCAAGUCUUUAUACAAAAUAAACCGACCUAAUAAAAAGGAAAUGUCUCCUUUUAGUAAACUCUAUGAAACACUGAAACGUGAGAUUGAAAUGAAAAAAGCCCUGCAAGAAGGAACCAUAUCUCAACAAGCCAGAAAAGAUGGCAAGUGUGUGUUGCCCCAAUCCAGUGCUCAGGUUUCAUCCUCAGGUUAUGCUCGUGGUCUCGGAAGCCUGAGUGAAGAAACAGAAAAAGAAACAACGGAAGUGUGUGAAGUUAAACAAGAAGUGAUUGGUUCAGAAUUUAAUCUGGUUGCAGCUACAGGAAGUGCAACCAAGAGGAGCUUUACCAGAAGUCCCCAAAUGUCUGCUUCAAACGAGAUGUCAAGAAACACCUGUAGAAAAAGUCUCUUGCAAGACUACAAAGAGCAAAAUACAGCGGGCAAAUCUGAAGGUACUGAAGUUGCAGCCAAACUAAAUGAAGAUAAUGAUGGAAAGGCAGCAUGUUCACCUAAGCCAUGCUCCAUACUAUGCUUGGGUUAUGCCGAUAGCAUAUGCUCCUCUGCAAGGAAAACAGAGCAACUAGCACAAACAAGUGCUGUAACAAAUGCAGCGAGCAAAACUAGUGUUUCUGAAAUAGAAGAAUGUAUCUUGUCUGCGCCAAGGUCCAAGAGGAGGAGUUCUCGGUCUCGUUCCGUAUCAUCCAUCAAGGAAAUUAGUGGAAUGGGUUCUGCAAAUGCUGAUGCUCCAACAAAUCAGCAUGAUGCAUUGUUGGAAUGUAAGGGUUUUUCAGAAAUUUCAGUUGAACCUCCAGAGGAAGAUGUUCUGUGCGGAAAGGAGAGCCCCGAAGAACUGCCUGUGGCUGAAAAUACACAUUUAAAACAAAGACGUAGUAGUCAACGACAUACACCUGGAAAAUCCGUAAAAGAGGAGGUGCUGAAAGAAAAUUGUGGUCAGGCAAAUGUUGCUAACUCGAAAGAUUCUGAAACUCCUGCCUCGUUACCUAAUUCAAAGAGUCCCAGAAGAAAUAUCAGGCAGAGUAAAGCACUGUCACAUGAUAGUGUCUGUUCAGAGAGGCUGCACUCAGAAGAAUUAACAGCAGAACUUGCAUCUCCUGCUAGUCAGAAAUGCAGCCGUGGGAGAAAAAGGGGUAGGCCAAGGAGCUCUGAACUGCUAUCCAAAAAAGCACUGGAGACAGAAGCAGUUCAAGAUCAUCAAGAUAAGACUAUAGAUGGGAAAGAUAGUGGAACUAAAGAGGAGCUGGGCACAAAGGCCCAUCAACAGAAACCAGAUUUGGAAGGUGCUGGUGUUACAAGACCUCGUAGCUUGCCUUCGAAAAGGAGGUCUGGAAGUUCUACCGUGCUUAAAGAAGAUGAAGUCAUGUCAGAAACGAGCGUUUCUAGCCUGUUGGCCAAGGAGGAGCAGUCAGGUAAUGCAAGAGGAACAUCUCAGAAGAGGAAAAGUGGUGAUUCGUUACAUCAGUCUUUAGGAAAAAGAAAGAGAGUGUCUUUUGGUGGUCAUCUGAGCCCAGAGCUCUUCGAUAAAAGUUUACCUCCCAAUUCGCCCCUGAAAAGGGGUGCAACUCCUGCAAGGCUGAGCUUGCCCUUUGGGAACUCGCCGCGUGCCGUUCUGAAGAAGGCUCAGGGACCAAAGCGUCUUGCAGUCCAGGAACUUCCUGAGCAUUUGCCAAAAGAAAAAGUUUCACCAAAACGCUUACUGACCCGGAGGUCACCGACUGCCUCAUCUCCUGUUUCUGGAAAAUCAACCCCUACAUUAGAUUUAAGCUCUCCACAACCCUACACCACAGGCCGUUUCUCUGUUUCUCACAUCCCGACACCAUCGCCUGUUGCAGAGGAGCAGGAUGCUGCUGCAAAAGAUGUGAAUACCCAGGAGAAAAAUAAUGCUCGGGUAAAAACACCCAAUUCUUCUCACAUUAACCAAGAUGAUAAAACUUUAAUAGUUGCAACUAACAAAUUAACAAGGAGUGCACAGCUUGCUCUGAAGAACACUCCCAUGAAGAGGAGAAGUGGGGCUGUAGCAGUUAUUAAGGCAAAAAGAAGAAGCGGUGCCUCCAGUGCCAAUUUGCUAGUUGCAAAAUCCUGGGCAGAGGUGGUAAAGUUAGGUGUUGCAAGGCCACAAGCAAAAGCCAUCAAAAAGUCUGUCCUAAAAGGAAGAUCAGCAAAGAAGAUAACUCAGUUGCCAAAGACUCCAGAAAGAAAAGUAAAAGGUCAUUUUAGUACAGGUCAUGCAGAGUCUCCUGCCACCAUAGUUGUAGGCAGGGCUUAUACCACAACAGUCAGAAUGACUGGACAAGUCCCUAAAGUGAUAAAAAAUCCUAUCAUGAAACAAAGCAUGGAUAUGGACGAAAGCUUCACAGGGAUGGCUGAGAUGUUUCAGACUCCAGAAAAUAAAAGCAGAAAAAGAGCAUCUUUGUCCCCUGUUCAGAAGAUUGAUUUUACACCAACUUGUUCAUCAGUGGAAGUUUCCGAGCUGCAAACUCCUGAAGAAUCUGGAGAAAUGAUAGUGUCACCCUUAAGUAGUUCAGAUGCUUCAGAACAGAAACCAGGUAUCUGUCAUCUUCUGAGAGAUGAGGAUUUUCCAAAAUCUAUGGUUGACGAAAUUUCCACAAAUACUCCCAAAAAUCGGGAAGCCGUGCAGGAAUCAAAUGUUGGCAUGGACAGUUUGCUGAUAAAUCCAGAAAAAUGUACAUCUCGGGUAAAAUUAGGAUUGAAAGGCAGGACUCCAAAACAGAAGCUGGAGCCAGUUGAGGUCCUAUCAGGAAUCAAGCAGCUCAUGAGAACCCCAAAGCAAAAGUUGGAGCCAGUUGAUGUCUUGUCAGGUGUCAAGCGAAUCAUGAGAACUCCAAAACAAAAAUCAAAGCCAGCUGAGGUGCUGUCAGGUGUCAAGCGGCUCAUGAGGACCCCAAAGCAGAAACUGGAACCAGUUGAGGCCCUUUCAGGAAUCAAGCGGUUCAUGAGGACCCCAAAGCAGAAGCCAGAGCCAGUUGAGGCCCUUUCAGGAAUCAAGCGGCUCAUGAGGACCCCAAAGCAGAAGCCAGAGCCAGUUGAGGCCCUUUCAGGAAUCAAGCGGCUCAUGAGGACCCCAAAGCAGAAGCCAGAGCCAGUUGAGGCCCUUUCAGGAAUCAAGCGGCUCAUGAGGACCCCAAGGCAGAAGUCAGAGGUUACAAAGGAUGAAAUUGGCUUUGAAAGAUUGCUGAAAACUCCAGUAGAAGCAGAAACAGAUGUGUCAGGUACUACAGUAAUCAAGCAAACACAAAAACCCAAAUAUCAACCAGUGGAAGAUAUGAUUGGGGUCAGUCGUAUUUUCAAGACACCAAAGGAAAAGGCUGAACCGAUAGAAGAUAUUUUCGGAAUUAGUAGGUUAAUGAGGACUCCAAAAGAGAAGUAUGAGCCAGUUGAAGAUUUCGUGGGUCUGAAAAAGCUCAUGGCAGAACCCAGGCAAAAAUGUUCAGAUCUUGAAGUGGACUUUGUUGGAGUUAAGGAGAUGUUUGAUGUACCAGAGGAAAUCAAGGUCAGUUCAGUAAAAACGGAUCUUGAGCAAGAGGAUACUCUACCUGCUUGUACUAGUUCCAGUCAGGAAUAUGUAGACAAAGGAAAUAUUUCAGAAGGCAAAAAGUCCCAAGAGACGGUAUCAUCCAGCAAAGACCAGUGUAUCAAGAGAAAAGCAAGGGGCAGGCCAAGGAAGACAGUGCAUCCUGUUCCAGUAAACCAGCAUGGAAAGAACCUAGAGGAAGAUGCAAACGUAAAAGAAUUGAAAGCUCUGGAGAAAAAGAGCAUCCAAGAGGGGAUGGAGGUGGUUAGUGUUUCAGCUUCUGUAGCUAAAAGUCUGGGAAGAGGAAAGAGAACAAAUUGUGUGCAGGAAAAAACUUCUUUAGAACAUCCCAGUCAUGAAAAAACUGAAGCUGUGGAAUUAUCUGGAGCUGCUCAAAGACCUAGAAGAGGUAAAAGGAAUGAACCCAAGGAGGUAAAACAUCAAAGGGAGAGUCUUGAGUGUCGUGGCAAAGCUUCAUUGCUGCAAAAAGAAUCUGCAAAUAUAAAACAGACUUUGCAGAAGUAUGAUGUCACUAAUGUAUUAAUAACUGAAGAUGGUCAGGGCAUAAAGACAGAAAGUAUGUCUGGUCAUGUUCAGAAUGCAAACUGCCAACUCCCACAAACAGAAUUGAAAAUAACUGAAAAGAAAUCUGAUGAAGGUAGUAUAGAAACCAGUGAAACUCUACUUCUGCCACCAAGGAACAAGUCUAGAGCAGAGAAAAAAGUAGAAACCACAGAACCAGUAAUUUCACCCAGAAGAGGAAGAAGAAGAAAAAAUGACCAAGCCAAUCGAUCGCCUUCAGGGGAACCUCGUGGGACAGCAAGGAAGCUUCGUAAAGAACCUUCAGCAAAGAGAACACAAGGAGAUGAACAGGUUUUGGACAAAAAUAUCAGCGAGGCUGCCCCAGUAGAAGAACCUGAAGUCAGAAAAACCAAGGGAGCUUUUGUGGAAACUGUUACUGAAACACAGCUGGACAUGAAAAAUGAGAGGAAGGUGUCCGAGGAAGAAGCAGCUGAAAAUGUUCAGGGAAAUGCAGCAGAGGUAUCUCAAAGAUUGAAGUCAGAGUCGCCUUCUGGAGAGACAAAGAAAGAGCCUGCUGCUGUUCUGCCUUUGGAAACGAGCAGAACUAGAAGUAGGAGAGUCAAAAAGGGCUCUCUGGAGGUAAAGGCUGAUGAAUCUGUCAAAGAUGCAAACGGUAUAAAAGCAGCUGUGCCCAAACCAAAGUUCAAAGCAGAACUGGAGGAACUCUCUGUCCAGGAGUGUUUGGGCUCUCCCUGUGUCAAGGACAUGAACGAGGCAGCUCCAACACCUGCUGCAGACAGUGACAGCGUUGGUCAUACCUGCCAAAAGCAGGCAAAAAAUGAGCAGGAAGUGCUUAAAUCUCAACAAGCUGAAAUCGUGCAACAGAGUCAAACACAAAUCAGUAGAACUACACUUAGAAGAGGCAGAGGGAGGAAAGUUAAUUUUGAACUUGAAACUAAAUCCAAAGCACUUGGAGGAAAGAGUUUACCUGCAGAUGAAAAAGGAGUAGCAGAUAAAGAUGGUCAGCAUAAUGCUACAGAAAAUGCUUCCUCACAAGUAAGGAGGAGCAGAAGAAGGCAAGUUGAUUCCAUUCCACCAAAAGCUUGUUCUACCUUUGCUGAAAAACAAACAGUAAUUGAAGAUCAUAGUAAAGAUGAGAGUUUUGUAAAAGAUCAAGAUCCAGCUUUGGAAGCUACUCUCUCCUCAACAGAAGAGAAUCCACUGAGAUGGGGCAGGAGAGGAGAGGUUGCUGUAGCAUCACAAACCACCAGUUCUCUUUCUGUCAGUAAAAAACGUGGUUUGGCAGAAGGAAGACGUGGUGUCCCUGCAGAUAAUGGAAGAGAAGAGACUCUUGAAGAAAAUCAAAAGGAAAAUCAAUUAAAAACUGUUGCUUCACCUGUAAAAGAAACUCAGCUGAAGAAAGGCAGAAGGAAAGAAGUUGCCCCCUUGUUAGAAGCAACAAGUUCUACUUCCAUUCAGAGAAAAAGAGGGGUAUCAAACAGUGGUAGAAAGAACACUUUUGGGGAAGCUGAAAAAGUGAUUUCGGAAAACUCUGCUUCCCAAGAAAAAAUGGAUCUUUCAAAAGCAAACUUGAGGCCAAAAGCUAAUACCGCUUCAUUAGCGGUUCCUUCCAUGUCCCCACCAGGAGAAAUGGGUUUGCAGGGCAGUGGCAAGAAUGAAACUCGUGAAGAGCAGCAGAGCUCGGCUGUGGAAGCAGCUGGAGCGAGCAGGAAGAAAACGGUUUCCUUCAAAUCCGAAGGAGCCGGUUCCACUUCUCUCAGGGAAAAGCGUCGUUUGCCCAAGGACAUCGAUCAAAUAGAUACUCUUAAGGAAGACAAAAAUUCAUCCCAGGAAAAAACGAGGCCUUUGAGGAAUAAGAGAAAAAAGGUAGGAUUUGAGUCAGAGGAACCUACCUCUACUGCUCUCCAUGAUAAUGGCGACUUGCCAGAAAAUGGUGGCACUUCAAAAAGUCAAGAUAAGUGUUUGAAAUCCACUGAUCCCCCAAAAAGUAAUCCCCCGAGAAGAGGAAGGGAGGUUAACCUGAUUCCACAGGCAACUGCCACUUCUCGCAGAAGAAAAGGUCAGUUGCCAGAAGACGACUUCACAUCCAAAAAACUAAAAUCAGAGCAAGGAUCAACCACCACUGCAUCCUUCACAGCAGCGAGCGUGCGUCCCGAUCCUGCACAUUCCGAGGUCGUGCAUCCCGAUCCUGCGUAUCCUGAGGCCGUGCAUCCCGACCCUGCACAUCCUGAGGCCGUGCAUCCCGAUCCUGCACAUUCCGAGGCCGUGCAUCCCGAUCCUGCGUAUCCUGAGGCCGUGCAUCCCGAUCCUGCGUAUCCUGAGGCCGUGCAUCCCAAUCCUGCACAUCCUGAGGCCGUGCAUCCCAAUCCUGCGCGUCCCGAGGCCGUGCAUCCCGAUCCUGCGCAUCCCGAGGCUGUGCAUCCCAAUCCUGUGCUCCAUGGAUGCUCACGGACACCGGGAAGUGACCAAGGGGACAGAGCGCUGCUCUGCUGCUGCACAGGCCACUUGGAGAGCUGGGGACAGAAACGUCAGCUUUAG